UUAUCUUUUUAUGGAAUUAACUUUUGUUAAUUAAAUAGAUUGUUUUCUAAUCUAAUUUCUAUUCUGUUAACCAUUUUCAUCUCUCACAAUUCAAAUUCCAGUUAAUUUCAAGUGUCUCCCUUAUCCUUAUUGUUUUCACCUCCGAUUACAAAGGUUUGAUUUCUGCAAUCAUUAUGGUUAAACGAUUAGCUGUUGUCACUGGUUCUAACAAAGGAAUUGGCUUUGGUAUUGUUGAGGUUCUAUGUAAGAAAUUUGAUGGAACUGUAAUGUUAUGUUCAAGAGAUUUGAAACGAGGCCAAGAAGCAGUUGAUUCCCUUAAAUCUAAAGGUUGUAAUCCGGUUUUCCAUCAAUUAGACAUUACCGAUGAAUCAAGUAUUGGUAAAUUGAAAGAAACAAUCGAGAAAGAGUAUCAAGGCCUCGAUGUUUUGGUCAACAACGCAGCGAUCGCCUUUAAAAACGCUUCAACUGUGCCAUUCGUUACUCAAGCUGAAGAGACAAUGGCUGUUAAUUUUUUUGCAACUCUCUCUGUUUGUAAGGCUUUGUUUCCACUUUUACGACCUCAUGCUCGAGUCGUGAAUGUCUCAAGUUCAGCUGGAAUGCUUCGGAAUGUAAGAAGCACCGAGUUGAAGACUCGUAUCGCUGAUCCAAACUUGACUGUCGAUGGUUUAAUUACUCUAGCAAAUGAGUAUCUAAAUGAUGUACGAGCAAAUGCUCAUAACGACAAAGGUUGGCCUAAUUCAGCCUAUUCAACCUCCAAAGUUAUGCUGUCCGCUUUGACCUUCAUCCAAGCUCGUGAAUUUGGUAAAGAUACUCGGGAAGAUAUCGUCAUUAACGCAGUUCACCCUGGUUAUGUCGACACCGAUAUGACAAGUCACAAUGGGACAUUGACCAUUGAACAAGGAUGUCAAGCACCAGCUUAUUGUGCUCUUUUACCGGCUAACGUUAAUGAACCAAAAGGAGCCAUGAUUUGGUUUGACUCAUCGAUAGUUGAUUGGCAAUCUACUAAUUAAAGCAGAUCAGCAAGCAACAACAACAACAAAAAAACUCACUAAUCAAGACACUUUCAGAAGUAACAACAUCCGGAAUGUAUCCUUUUUUAUUUUUCUAUCUACAAAAAAAAAGCGGAUCCAUUUUCCAGUUAAUUAAUUUUCGCCUUAAAUUGUUUUCUAAUGAUUUAUGUCUAUCAACACAUGAAAAUUUUCGUAUAAUCAUCAACUUAAUGGAAGACUUUUAAUAACCAAGAGUAGCUCAAUAUACAUUCAUCUCAAUAUGUUUUUAUAACACUUACACUUUAUCGCCUUUAACAAUUAAUAUGAUUAAUAUAUAAUCUAUGAAACAAUAGACGAAUCUACAAUUCCACUGAUUGUCUUGACAAUUAUCUGUACUUUGAUUACAUUUACAGAGAUUUGUUACUCUUUCGAAACCAUUUAUAAUCUCCAAGUUUAUUAACAAUCAAUUUUAUUUCAGACAAUUAACUCGUCAAUUGAUUUACUCCCAACGUGCCUACACUUCCAUCUGGUUAAACAUAGAGAAAAAAAAACAAGAAAACUUAGCAAUUAAUCAAUUGCAAACUUAAUUGUGCUUCUAACAAACCAACUAAACAAAUAUACAACAACAACAACAACAACCAGACACGAACCACAACCCAAUGAACCAUCACAGUAAAAAUUAAAGGAUAAUCUAAAUUUA